UCUGUCAAAAGUCAACGCAAACUUAUGUCAAUCUAACAUCCAAACAAAAAUGUAAAAAACGAAAUUAAAUAAAAUGUGUAAAUGCCAAAAUAAUAAAAUACAUAAAUAGUAACUAAUAAUAACCUUUUGCAACUUUUGGUACUGAACAUUAAUAAUACGCGUGUGCUUUUUAACUCCAAUUGUAUCUAACUCUCAAUAUGGUUAUGGUUGAAAGGAUGGGAGCUACAGACAAAAAAGUUAAGAAGAUCGCCAAGAAGCGAAAGAGAAAAAGUAGUGAGAAUAUGGUUAAUGCAGUAAAUAUUCCAAAAAAUAUUGAAGCAAGCAAAAUUGACGCGGCUAAUACAAAGUUAACAUCUCUGAAGGAAGUCCCGAAAUCACCAGAUAUUAAGAAAUGCAAGACCACUGAAGUUGCAGAACAGUAUCCUAUUUUGAGUGACAAGGUACUCAUACAAAAACUGCACAGUGUGUCUUUGACAAAUAAUCAGAAAGGAAGGCUUCGUCAAAUGAUCAGAGACAGUCUUAAGGGUACAUCAGAAGUUUUAUUACCUGAACUUAUUCAUAACAGAAUACAAGCCAUACUAAAAAGUUCAGAUGUUUAUACCGAUGCAGAUCUGAGAAAAAUGAGAAUUUUGUACAAUAUGUUGAAGACUGCAUUAAAAACAAGUGAUAAAACAAAAACUGACAAAGUUAAAAGUAAGAAAGGUGAGGUGAAAAAGAAGAAAGAGAAAUUACCAGCUGAUGAUGCACAGAAAAAAGACAUUAUUCCAAAUGAAGGAGAAGGGGUUAAAAAAAGUGAGAAGGAAAUUGUCCAAAAAGUCAAGGGACCAAAAAGAUAUGUUGUGUUUGUUGGCAACUUGCCUUUGGAUAUCGAUAAAGAAAAGAUAAUGCAACAUUUUUCUGAGUUCAAUGAUUCAAUAGUAGACAUCCGUUUGCCAAAGCCAAAAGAAGGGAAAAAGAGUGCAAUAGCUUAUGUGGAACUUAAAAAUGAAGUUGUAUAUGAGUUAGCAUUGUCAAAACAUCAUUCAAUGCUUUGCAACAAGAGAAUAAAUGUCCUAUACACAACUCAGAAGAAUGGAAAGAUUACAAAAGCAGAAGCUAAGAGUAAAUCAGCAAAGCUCAUAGCACUGCAGAAGUCUGGGAAACUCAUUGGCAGUGUGCCUAUUAACAGAAAGCGGAGUCAAAGGAGACUGAAGAUGAAAAAGGCACGAGCUAAAUUGGAAGCUGAUACCGUCUAGCCUUAAAAACAAUUCUUUAUGGAAUAAAAUUUUAACUUACAAUACUGUA